AUGCUUGCCGCCGUUCUGUUGCUCGCUCUGCCCUUCUGCAGCGCAGAGUCAGCAUCCAGUUAUGCAGGAUCAACAGUCGCUGAUGUUUAUCCUCCCCCCGGUGCCACCAACGUUGCUGUUGACGCUUACUUCCCAGAUGGAUCUCAAGUCGGUUAUGCGGGUCCAACUCCUACUGGUGCUGAACCUGAGGCCAUUGCCACUGCCAUCCCGUUUUCUAAGGUCGAGAACGUGUUUCCCUUGUCGAGGCCCAAUUCGGCAGACGGCGAAGACAUCACUUUCGACGUGAUGCGUCACUGGGGAAACUUGUCGCCCAUGUACUCCGUGGACUCGUUUGGUCUUCCUGAUGCAUCCCCCGUCAUCCCAGAAGGAUGUGGCCUCAACGCAGUACAUCUCUUGAUGCGCCAUGGCGCUCGCUAUCCAACCGCUGACUCCGGACCUUCUCACUUCGCCGCUAAAAUAAAUUCUGCUGCAUCGAAACCGGGCUUCAAUGCCACAGGCAAUUUGCAAUUCCUGGCAACCUGGACAUACAAGUUGGGCGCAGAGAUCUUGACCCCUUUCGGCCGUGAACAGCUCUUUCACAACGGUGUUGCCUUCCGCUACAGAUAUGGCGAGUUACUCAAUGCCUUCACGGACCUCCCAGUAUUUCGUACUACUUCUCAAGAUCGUAUGUUGGAAUCUGCCCUGAACUUUGCUGCGGGCUUUUUUGACGUUACAAGUUACGAAACCGACUAUCACCAGGAGAUCAUCGUCGAGGCGGACAACUUCAACAACACCCUUGCUCCUUAUUAUGUGUGCCCCAACUCCAACACGGCUGAUGUUGGUAACUUCGGUAGCACUCAGGCUAGUAAAUGGGCGCAUGUCUAUCUCCAAGAUGCUCAAGCGCGCUUGCAACCAAUGAUCCAAGGAUUUAAUCUGAGCAUAUCACGCUUGGUUGAUAUGCAGUCAUUGUGCGCCUACGAGACCGUGGCCCUCGGUUAUUCCAAGUUUUGUGACCUCUUCACUGAGGAAGAAUGGGAAGGAUAUGAGUAUUACAUCGAUCUUGGAUUCUGGUACAGCAGUGGACCAGGUAAUCCAACAGCAGCAGCGCAGGGCCUUGGCUAUGUUCAAGAACUAGUGGCACGCCUCACUCAAACUCCCAUCUCUGUGUGGAACAGCAGUACUAACAGCACUCUUGACUCCAACACCAUCACAUUCCCUCUCAACCAACCUAUAUAUGUGGACGCCACCCACGACACAGUCAUUUCCAAUAUCAUCACUGCCCUGAACUUUACCAGUCUAGCCGCAACUGGUCCUUUGCCAACCGACCAUAUCCCCCCUAAGCGUUCUUACAUUGCUAGCCAGAUUGCACCUUUUGCCAGCCAGCUUGUAGCACAGGUACUGAGCUGCCCAGCCUCGGAGGAGCCCACUCAUAUCCGGUUCACCCUGAACGAUGGCGUGGUGCCACUGACGGGGAUUCAGGGCUGCACGGAAGAUUCAAAUGGUCUUUGCGCACUGCCCAGUUUCAUCAGCGGAAUGCAAGAACGAAUUGGGCAGAUUAACUUUGUGCAUGAUUGCUUUGCCAAUUAUACCAUGCCAAAUCCCGACGAGAUCAUCGAUGGAAGAUACCCUAGUUAA